GCGACAAAUUUGCCUGAAAGUAACCUAUUUUAAUUAGCCUGACUGACUGAAAACAUUUUAACUAGCAAAAUGGCACAAAGGAAACGCGCUGUAGCCCCUGCAAAGAAGUCCGAGAAUGGUGUUAAGAAGCCAGUCGGCAACAAGCGCGGGCCAAAGCCAAAGGCGGCACAGAUCGACGAGGAGGUUGUGGCUACCCAAACGCAGACAAGGCAGUCCAAAAGAAAGCUAGAGCAACAAGUGCAGCAAAGCGAGGAUGAGUCCGAUUCCGAGGAGGAGCAGACUGCCGUCAAAUCUGAGGAAGGCAGCGAGUCCGAGGAAGAACAAAAAGUUUCAGAUUUAAUUGACGAUGAAGCUGUUGAAGACGAUGGCGAUGAGGAGGAUGAUGAUGAUGAUGAAGAUGAUGACGAUGACGAUUCUAGCAUCGAACCUGGCCAGAUUUCAAAUUCAGGAAAACAAGUGAGCGAUUCCGAAGAGGAUGAACCUGGCCAGAUUUCAAAUGCAGGAAAACAACUGAGCGAUUCCGAAGACGAUGAACCUGGCCAGAUUUCAAAUGCAGGAAAACAACUGAGCGAUUCCGAAGACGAUGAACCUGUUGAGGCUCCCAUAGCCAAGAAAAGCAAGGUAGCUGCCCCAGCAGCAGCAGCAGCAGUACCUGCGUCGUCACCCAAAAAGGGCGGCAUUCCAAAAAUCACUGUUGGCAAGAUUCCAGCGGAUGUUCCCAAGGAUCAGGUUAUUCACGUCUCCAACAUACCAAAUGAGUACAAACAUCUCGAUUUGGUUGCUCAGUUCAGCAAAUUCGGGCCCCUCAUUGCAGUGAAUCGUAUUAAGGGAAAGAAUGACGGCAACACUGUCUUCAUUGCCUUCGAGACAUCUGCAGCGGCCGAGGCCGCUCUGGAAGCCAAGGAGAAGGCCUUGACCUUCUACGGCAAUGUUUUGGUCGUGGGUCGGCCAUUCAACAAGGAUGAUCUGAAUAAUCGCACUGUUGCCGUGGGACUAGUUGGCCGCGAUACCACCAAAGAGCAGUUGUCGACAUUCUUCUCGAAGGUCGGUGAAGUGGAGGCGGUCAACCUGUCCAACAACCGCAGCAACCCUACGGCUUUCGUGCGCUUCAAGUCUGUCGAUUCCAUGCCCAAGGCUCUCAAGCUGCACGGCACCGAGUUGAACUCUCGCUUCAUUACCGUUCGCGAGCCCUCGUACAAGCUCAACUCGAAGAAGUCGCCCGAGCGUACGCUGAUCGUCCAGAAUGGUGCCAAGCACGAGUCCUUCAAGUCCGACGUUAUUGAGAAGAUCUUCAAGAAGUUCGGCGACAUUGUGGACAUUGAUGUUGUGUGCACCAACUAUGUCCUAGCCUUUGUCACAUUCAAGGAGCCAGAGCAGGCCGCCAAGGCGCUGCUGCAGCUCAAUGGCAAGACUGUCAGCGACUUGGAGCUCAAGUUGGAGCAAUACACCUUCAACACAUCGCCACGAACCGUUCUGGUGACAAAUCUUGCCGCAGAUGUGACUGAGAGCGACCUACAGGAAUUGCUUGGUGAGAGCGGUAAGAUCGAUUCCGUCACACUGCUGACCCACAAGGCCCUGGUCAAGUUCGCCACCAACGACGGCUUCUGCAAGUCCUUCCUGUGCAAUGAGCGCGUCGUGAAGAACCAGCCCGUAUUCCUAGAGCCCAACUCGAUGCUGAAGCACAAGCUGCUCAAAAAGAAGUCGACCUUGCACCGCAACGGCGGCGGCAACCGCAAGCCAGCCCCAGGUGCCGCCGGCCCACCAAAGUUCAACAAAUUCGGCAAGAAGCCCUUCAACAAACGGCCAGCCCAGGACAACGGUGCAAAGCCUGCUUGGAAGAAGGUCAAGCAGGAGGUCUAAACAGAUUUUAGACUGGCUUAGUCUUAAGUUAAUCUGUAAUCCAUAAACGCAAAACGCCCCUCCCUGCAACCCAAUGCGAAAUAGUGCGUUGAAUUUAGUCAUUAAGUCUGGCGGCGUCAUCGGUGUCGGCGUGGUCGCUUUUCCUCCUCCCCCACUCCAUAAAAGAUUUGUAUAUUACCCGAUGUAAGGGCUGCUCUGCUGCCAUUCACACCACCGAGCCGAAAGCUGAAUAAAAAGAGUCGAGUAAAUGCAAACAAACGCAAAA